CCGAGAGCGUUGCCAUUUGUAGGAGGGAGUUCCGGUCGUGGCUGAGGUGGUUGCAUUUUGUUAGUACCGGAGAGUCACGAUGGCUGCAGUGGAUUCAGAUAUCGAGCCGCUGCCUCGUGGGGGUUUCCGCUGCUGCCUCUGCCACAUCACUACAGCCAACCGACCCAGCCUUGAUGCCCACCUGGGAGGCCGGAAGCACCGGCACCUGGUGGAACUACGAGCUACUCGAAAGGCCCAGGGACUUCGAAGCGUGUUUGUCAGUGGCUUUCCCCGGGAUGUGGAUUCUACUCAGCUCUCUGAGUACUUCCAGGCAUUUGGACCUGUGGCCAGUGUUGUCAUGGACAAGGACAAGUGGUUCUGGCUGGGACUGUGCCAAGUAAGAGUGGGGGUGUUUGCCAUCGUGGAGAUGGGGGACCUGGGUGCCCGGGAAGCUGUUUUGUCACAGCCCCAGCACAGCCUGGGAGGACGUCGCCUGAGGGUCCGGCCACGGGAGCAGAAAGAGUUCCAGAGUCCAGCCUCCAGAUCUCCCAAAAGAGUGGCCCCUGACAGUCACCAGCUGAUCAAAGCACUCGCCGAGGCCCCGGACGUGGAGGCACAAAUGGUGAAGCUCGUGGGGCUGAGGGAGCUCUCCGAGGCCGAGCGGCAGCUUCGGAGCCUUGUGGUGGCGCUAAUGCAGGAAGUCUUCACAGAGUUCUUCCCUGGCUGUGUGGUCCAUCCUUUUGGCUCCUCCAUAAACAGCUUUGACGUCCAUGGCUGUGAUCUCGACCUCUUCCUGGAUCUGGGGGACUUGGACGAGCCCCAGCCAGCCCCAAAGGCUCCAGAAUCUCCCUCCUUGGACUCGGCCCUGGCAUCCCCACUGGAUCCUCAAGCCCUGGCCUGCACCCCAGCCUCCCCUCCAGACUCACAGCCUCCAGCUUCUCCUCAAGACUCGGAAGCCCUGGACUUUGAAGCCCCUUCCUCCUCACUGGCACCUCGGACUCCAGACUCUGCUUUGGCCUCUGAGACCCUCGCCUCUCCCCAGUCCCUGCCUCCAGCCUCGCCGUUGCAGGAGGACCAGGGAGAGGGGGACCAGGGGAAGGCGGUGGAACUGGCAGAGGCCCUGAAGGGGGAGAAAGCAGAAGGGGGAGCCAUGCUGGAGCUGGUGGGAUCCAUCCUUCGGGGCUGUGUUCCUGGAGUGUACCGAGUCCAAACCGUGCCCUCUGCGCGGCGCCCUGUGGUCAAGUUCUGCCAUCGGCCUUCAGGUCUCCAUGGUGACAUCUCCCUCAGUAACCGGCUCGCCCUGCACAACUCCCGCUUCCUGAGUCUCUGCUCUGAGCUGGAUGGGCGAGUACGGCCCCUUGUGUACACUCUGCGCUGCUGGGCUCAGGGUCGAGGGCUGUCAGGGAGUGGCCCACUUCUCAAUAACUACGCCUUGACCUUGCUCGUGAUCUAUUUUCUUCAGACCAGGGACCCUCCUGUGUUGCCCACUGUGUCCCAGCUCACCCAGAAAGCAGGCGAACAGGUGGAGGUUGAUGGCUGGGACUGUAGUUUCCCCAGAGAUGCCUCAAGACUGGAGCCCAGCACCAAUAAGGAGCCUCUGAGUUCCCUGCUGGCCCAGUUCUUCUCCUGCGUCUCUUGUUGGGAUCUUCGUGGCUCCCUGCUGUCCCUGCGGGAGGGUCAGGCACUACCUGUGGCAGGGGGCCUGCCCUCUAAUCUCUCGGAGGGCCUGCGCCUUGGCCCCAUGAAUCUCCAGGACCCCUUUGACCUGAGUCACAAUGUGGCGGCCAACGUGACCAGCCGGGUGGCCGGGAGGCUACAGAACUGUUGCCGAGCGGCAGCCAAUUACUGUCGAAGCCUCCAGUACCAGCGGCGGUCUUCCCGGGGUCGGGACUGGGGGCUGCUUCCCCUUCUGCAGCCCAGCUCCUCCAGCUCCAUGCUUUCUGCGACACCUAUCCCCUUACCGCCUGCUUCCUUCACCCAGCUCACUGCUGUGCUGGCCCAGGUGUUAAGGGAAGCCUUAGGGUGCCAUAUAGAACAGGGAACCAAGAGACUGCGGUCAGAGGGAGGUGGCCCUGGGGAGCCCCCCCAGGGAGGGACAAGCAAAAGAGCAAAACUAGACGGACAGAAAAAAAGCUGUGAGGAGGGGCCAGAGGAGCAGCAGGGAUGUGCAGGGGAGCAUGGUGAAGAUGGCGUGGAAGAGAUGGUCAUAGAGGUUGGAGAGUCGGUGCAGGACUGGGUGAUGCGGAGCCCUGGGCAGCCAGGGGAGCUGCCCCUGAUGACCAGAAAGCAUCUAGCCACCAGAGAAGAGGGGCAGUCAGGCACCGCAGCGCUGGCCAAGCAGGGGCCCAGAGGACCUGAGGCAGCCUGCGAAGGGUCUCAGGCCGAGGCCGAGAAGCAGGUGUCGCUCGCAGUGAGCUGGCGCUGCGCCUUGUGGCACCGUGUGUGGCAGGGGCGGCGGCGUGCCCGGAGACGCCUGCAGCAAAAAAUCAAGGAAGGAGGUGGAGCUGGUGCUGGCUCAGGAGCAGAGUGGCUGGCAACUGAGGCUCAGGUCACCCGGGAGCUGCGGGGACUGAGCAGUACUGAACAGAGGCCAGAGGCUGAGCCACUCCUGACCUUCGUGGUGUCCACCUCCCAGGCUGACCAGAGUCUCACUGUGACCCCACUCCAGGAUUCUCAAGGCCUGUUCCCUGAUCUCCAUCAUUUCUUACAGGUUUUCCUCCCUCAAGCACUUCGAAACCUGCUUAAGUGACGAUGGGAACCCUGAAAGGCAAUAAAGCUGCUAGUUUAAUGAA